UCAUUUCUUUAUUCAGAGAUAGAAGAUGAUAAUGAUGACGAUGAUGUUAAUGAACUUAUGCGUCCUUGUAGUGUUUCUUCCAUUGCGAAGUGAGRCUGCUCCUCCUUCUGGACUGGCAAGUCGCUCGAUGCGUGAAUCAACUGGAAGAAGUACUUUCCCAUCUGCAAAUCCAUGGCUUAAGCGUGUUAUAGGGGGAGAAGAAGCCAAACCAAACUCUUGGCCAUGGAUGGCGGAAAUACUUUUUAAUGAUACACGUGAUCACGUCUGCGGAGGAUCGUUGAUUGACUWCGACUUGGUCCUCACGGCUGCACAUUGUUUUCGGUUUUURACACCUGAAAYUCACCGGUUUGUAGUUCGACUUGGAGGGCACGACCGUCAUAAGGAAAGUGGAACAGAAACCGAACACAAGAUUGUUGGAUACGUCGCUCAUGAUCGMUUUGCUGCCGAGUUUGGGUUAGCUUACGAUAUUGCACUGGUCAAAAUUUYACCACCAGCAACGUAUUCUAAAACCAUUCAAAUAGUUUACUUACCUGGUGUGUAUGAGCAAGUCCCCGUUGGAAAAAGAUGUUUCCUGACCG